UCUACACUGGUCUGCUGUCUUUUGUUCGGGUCUUAACUAUCUGGCGAGAGACAGUGUUUACAAGAGUGCUGGUAAAGAUUUCUCUGUAAUCUUGACAUUUAAAGAUUUUGAUAUCGGUUCAUGAGAAAAGAACAGCACUGUUUGAGACGAUUUCAAGAUGUUUUUGUCUUCGGCUCUCAUCAUCUCUGUUUUGGCUGGCAUUAUUCCAGCUGCCCACGGUGGGAAAGUUCUGGUAUUUCCACAUGAUGGCAGCCACUGGGUGAACAUGAGGGUACUUGUCGAGGAGCUGCACUCAAGGGGGCACACUGUGACUGUCAUCCGAGCUGCAGACAGCUGGUACAUCAGUGAAACGUCUCCACAUUACAACACCGUCACAGUGGAUAUUGCAGGUGGUGCAAAUGAGGACUUUUUCCGUCUCUUUGUCUCUGAAGUUAUUAAGAUUAAACGAAGCAAGGCGUCAGCUUGGGCCCGUUUUGCUUUAGACAUGGAGUUAAAGGACAAGUUCUUUGAAUUACACAAGAAGGUCUGUGAAGUGGUCACGUACAUACUUGAAAAUAAAGAGUUAAUUAAGUCCUUUCAAGAUGCCAAGUAUGAUGCGGUUCUGACGGAUCCUGCUAACGGAGGAGGAGUGAUGCUGGCUCACUAUCUCGGACUGCCAUUAAUGUUUAAUGCUCGCUGGACUGUUCAUGGUGAAGCCCAUUUUGCUAUCGCACCCUCUCCUCUUUCCUACGUCCCACUUCCACCUUCAGAGUUAACAGAUCAGAUGACUUUCUUUGAGAGGGUGAAAAAUGUAGUUUUUUACACCAUGAGGAUGCAUCUGUACAAGCAGAUAGUUGGCCCACAUUAUUCUGCACUGACCAGGCGCUACUUUGGUCCAGAUGAAGACUACUUCUCCCUUUUUCAGGCGGCAGACCUGUGGCUGAUGAGAGUGGACUUUGUGUUUGAGUUUCCUCGUCCCACCAUGCCUAAUGUUGUCUACAUGGGAGGGUUCCAGUGUAAACCAGCAAAACCUCUUCCUGCAGACUUGGAAGAGUUUGUGCAGAGCUCUGGAGAGCACGGAGUCAUCAUCAUGUCUCUGGGGACUUUGAUUGGAGAGCUCCCACAUGACCUGGCUGAUGAGAUCGCGGCAGCUUUUGCUACAUUACCGCAGAAAGUCAUCUGGAGGUAUAAAGGUGACAGACCAGCCACUCUGGGCAACAACACUUUGCUAGUCGACUGGAUGCCACAGAAUGAUCUUUUAGGACAUCCAAAGAUUAAAAUAUUUGUGGCUCAUGGAGGAACAAACGGUGUUCAAGAGGCGAUCUACCACGGCGUUCCUAUCGUAGGACUUCCAUUGAUUUUUGAUCAGCGAGAUAAUCUGUUUAGAAUUGAAGUAAGAGGAGCAGGGAAGAUUAUUGAUAUCUUUAGUAUGAAUGAGGAGAUCUUUUUUCAGGGUAUUCAGGAAGUGCUGAAUGAGCCCUCCUACAGGAUGAACAUGCAGAGACUCUCCAGGCUGCACAGGGAUCAGCCGAUGAAGCCUCUGGAUACCGCCCUCUUCUGGAUAGAGUUUGUCAUGAGACACAAAGGUGCAGCUCACCUGAGAACAGAGUCCUACAGAAUGCCCUGGUACUCCUUCCACUCUGUUGAUGUGAUGCUCUUCUUAGGUGGAGCUGUGCUGAUAAUUCUAGCCAUCUUCGCUGCAUUGAUAAGGUGGUUAUGCUCCAUGUGUCUGAGAAGAAAGAGUUAA